UGUCCAUGUGGAUUAUUUGCAUAUUGAGUCCACUGUAGGCUACGCCGCAUUUUUCAAGGAAGUAGGCUACAGCAAGACUCAGACUUCAGUCUGUACACCACAUUUUCUCGUGAUCUGGGCUCGCACUUUUUUGUACAACGUAUGUUGUUCGUUGGAGAGAGGUCUUGAUAAACAACAGCAGUGAACUAACUUUUUGCCAAGAUGACGCUUCCUUAUUCCCAAACUUCCACGAUGUAUCGCACAGUUAACGUAGCUUCGGAACCAAACAUUACGGGGACGCUUCUGUCUCCUUCUGACGGCGCAACAUACAGGACCCUGAGUGUAUCUUCACCUGCAUCUCAACAAGUACAGUACAUCAAUGGUGCCCUGGAUGGAAAUGCAGUUUAUGGUGGCAUGCGUUACCUGGUCCCUGUUCAGAGGGCCGAUUCUUAUAUGGUGGUCAACCAAGGUGCGCAGGUUAUGCCACAACAGGUUAUGGCACAGCAGGUUAUGACACCUGUAUACUUUCAGAAUGUCGGCAUGCAGAGAAUCAGCGUCAGCAGUGUGGAGGACGUAGCGGUGGAGAAUGGAAAUGCUCCCUCUGUUUUCAGCCAGACUUCCAGUCCCACCAAGAGCCCUGAGCCAGUCCAUCAAGAGGAGGAGGUGGUGGAGACAGUGGUGCAGAAGAUCUCGCGGGUGGAGAUAAAGGCUGAGCUGCCUGAACCGGACCUCACGCCCAAGCUGGACACACGCUACUUCGGAGAGCUGCUGGCGGAGGUCUACCGCAAGAACUGUGACAUCCACUCUUUCAUCUCGGAGCAUGUGUCCAAGAUCCGUGGACGGAAACACCUCCUGGAUCCCAUUGAUUAUAAGGUGAAGAAUCAGGAGGUGGAGGCCUUAAUCCCCAAAGGCAUGUCGGAGCUCACCAAACAGCAGAUCCGCUAUCUGCUACAGACCCGGUUGACGGCUGAUAAGACCAUGCGCCUGCUCCUGACCACCUUCAGUAGCCUGAGAGAGGAGCUGCUGCACAUGCAGGAUGACCUGCGUCGUCUAGAGAGUGAAAAGGAGGAGCUGGAGAGGGAUUUGAGCUUCAAGUCUGACCAGGCCCUGCAGUACGACCGCCUGAUUGAGAGUCUGCGAGACAACAACCGGCAGCUCCAGAUUACCUUGAAGGAGACCACCAACUCCCAGCAUAGCCUCGAGACGCACCUCCUCAGCAGUCGCAACAGCGACUCCAGCCGUGAGUUCCGCAUUAAGGAGCUGGAGGGCAGCAAGAAGGCCCUGGAACAGGAGAACGAAAUGCUCAGGCAAAAGAUGGUGGGCCAGCUCAGUAGCUCAACUCUGAAUGCCAAGACCGAGGAGCUGUCACGCCAUUACAACCAGAUGCUCUCCUCCCUGCGUGAGGAGAAGGACAAGGAGCUGCAGACCCUCCGGACCCAGCUUAUAAGGAUCCAGACAGAACACACCACAGAGCGCACUACUGACCGGAGCCUGGAGCUGCGCAUCACGGAACUCCUGGCCACCCUGGAGCAGCGCGACAGCCUGGUCAAACGCCAGGAGGAGGAGAUCAAGCGACUUCAGGCCGAGAAAAACAGCGCUGCACAAAAUGUCACCAGGACUACCGUCACAAAAAGGUACCGCAACCAGUAUCCCAUCCUGGGCCUGCUCGGCGACGACUACCAGUACACGUCCUCAGUGAAGGAGGCCAAGACCAUUGUGAUCGAGAAGACUGGAGAGAUAAUCAAACAGGAAAUCUUUACCACACCUUAAAGAACAAAACAAAACAAAACUGCUUCUCUCUGACAGGAAUGAAUGACAUGAAGACCCAGGAGCCUCUCUCUCUCUGUCUCUGUCUCUCUUUCUCUCUCCCCCCCCCCCAUUCCUCCUACACCUCUCCUACCCCUGUGCCACCUGCUGUCUAUCCCUCUCCCCCUCCUUCUCUUCUCUCUCGCUCUCCAGGGCUAAGUUAGGGUGGUGGUGGUGGUGAUGAUAGUGGAAAAAUGCUACUUAACACUAAAAUUUGGGCACAGUGUGCAUCUGGGACAACCAGGGUGGGGAUGCACUGGGAUAGAUGUGAGUAAGUUAAGAUCUGCUUAAAUAACUCAUUUUGAAUCAUAAGUCCUUUGAACUUGGAUUUCAAGGUACGGAAUUGUAUGACCUUUUCAACCUUCUGUUAUAAAUGUUCCCACCACAACUCUAGUAGCCUCAGAGAGAUUCUGAUGCAUCAAAUACUAAUAGGAAUGUAAAUAAAUAUGCUUUUUAUUAAACAUGGAAAGAGCAAAAACAAUGGAUGCAUGGUUUGAACAUGUGCAUUUUAAGGGAGGCUAUUUAUAUAAGGAUUAUGAAAUGGCUGCCUUUUGUUGGCACCAGCCUUGUGGGUUUUUGUAUUUUUCUUUUAACUCAUUUAUUUCAGCACAAUGCCAGUUUGUUGAUAUCAUUUUAUGAUCAUAAUGGGUAUAUUGGUUAAUAGUUUGCUGUAUUUUGCUGUUAAAACAUGGUGGCAGUGGCUGGUGAUGGAGCUUGCAUGAUGGGAAUUUUGUUUUAUUUAUGCUUUCUUACACCAGACCAAAAUCCUGUUAUUGAUAAUCUAGUUGGCCACCUAGUUUACUUUUGAAUUUGUUCGUCAUGGAUGGCUUCAGUUUGUUCCCUGAAUCCCUGAACUAGGCAGAAUUUAAGUCCACUCUUUUUAAGCUCGGGGGAACUGAAACAAAUUCAGAUCUGUUUGAGUUCCAGGGGUGUUGAGGAGUUGGGGUGAAAAAUUGGGUUGGGGAUUUGAAAAAUGCUCUUAUGGUAAAGGGGACAUUUUUCAAGUCUUCGUGCCACUUCUUCGUGCCACUUCUUCACUCAGACCAGAUCUCGAAAUGCACUGAAGAGCUAAAACAGAAUGGACACAAACUCUGAAACUGAACUGUUAAAGUAGAAAGAAAAACUGUAAAAUCUAAUGUUGAUGAUUUAUUAGACAAUGUUGUUUCAUCAUCUUUUUCUACUGUAAUUAUUCAGCUAUAGCCCUUAGUUCAUCUGAAUGCAAGUCUACUUCAAUUAGUAGAAACUAAUUUGAUGUAACUGUUCUUGCUUUACCAAAUUUGCCAAUGUUAAAUAACUGGUCAAAUGACCCCCCCCCCCCCCCACACACACACACACACACACACACACACACACACACACACAUACAAUGUGAAUACAAGACACUCACAAUAUCUGAAAGGAUCAACACAGGAAUAGUGUAACUCUAAGUCAGUUGGUGAUACAAUGUCACUCUUGAUCCAACAUCAUUUGUUGUUUUUGUGGAACAAAUCCUGUUUUAUCUCUGGAUAUAACUGAAUGACGCCAUACAACAUAUCUUCUAAAUUCUGGAUUUGUUCAUACAUGCCUCAACCAACACAUGGUCUGAAUCAGUGACACAAGCCUUAAAGUCUGUCAAAUUUAUUUAAUUAAAUUAGCUUUAACACUACAUUUAGAACGUUUUUUAGAAGCAUGUCAUUAUAACGAAGAUGUGAUAUAAGGUUGCCUUAUUCCACACACAGGCUUUAGGUGUGUUUUAUUGAUAUAAGAAUUCAACUGGAAGAGUAUCCAGUAUCUUGACUAUUGUUCAAGCUGUAUAGCCCCAACAGCACUAGAACACUUUCUGAAAUGUAUGUUUAUGGGAUAACGUCAUUGUCACUGUUUAUCGAGAUGGUCUGUUUAUACUUGUUCUUUAUAUAUGAAAUAAUUUCAUUUACUGUGUUAAUUACUCUGUCAGAUUAUUCUCAUUUGAAAUGGAUCUGUCCAUUCUCAAGUGUAUGCAAUAUGCUGUCUUCUCACUGUUUAAAUAAAAUGUUUUUAAACUAAA